AUGAAGCUCGUGGCGGCGUACCUGCUGGCCUCCGCCCGGGCCGGGAACCCGAGCCCGAACAAGGACGACGUCCGCAAGAUCCUCGACUCGGUGGGCGCCGAGGUGGAGGAAGACAAGAAGGAGAUGCUCUUCAAGGAGGUCGAGGGCAAGGACGUGCUCGAGCUCCUCGCAGCCGGCAGGGAGAAGUUCGCCUACGCGCCCACUGGCGGCAGUGCUGGUAUGGACUCGGCUCCCGCCUCCUCCUCCGGGGGCGCCACUGCUGCCGAGAAUAAGAAGGAAGAGAAGGCGGAGGAGAAGAUGGAGGAAGAGGAGGACGACAACAUGUUUAGCCUCUUCGACGACUAA